AGUAGCUUGCACCGGAAGUGAUUGUCUAGUCAUUGCUUGCGGUCAACCCGUCUUCGAAGACUUGAAAGCUGAUACGUUUGCAGCAUUUUGUCAUUUGGGAAUAAUUUUAAUUGACGCAUUAAUAAUAGACACAAUGGCUCUCUUCCUGCAUGUUGGUUAAGAUGUUAAUAACCUUGUGCUACGUCUACAUGUGGGUGCGGUUUCACAAGUGCUACUCGAUUCUGAUCCGCAACAGUCUUUCCAGACUAAAAGGCAGCAGCUUUACCUUCAGCUUCUGCUCAAGCUCGCCCUCAGUUCCAGCCAGAGCAACGCCAGCUGAAGUCCAAGCAGAUGCACGGCGAUAUCUCGGCUCACUUCCACCCGAGGACAUUGUCUUCCUUCAGCUGGGAGACAAGGCUGUCUAUCUCACGGAUCCUCAGGCAUGUGAUGACCUCAGCAAAUGGACUGUGCUGUUGGGGUCCUCUCUGGUUUGUGGUCCACAAAUAGAGAAUAUUUCAUUCAUCAUAGAAGCAACAGCAUCCAGAGUGGGCUGCCAUUCUCGUCACAUAUCGAAUAAGAAAGUGCUGAAGUGGUCCGAUUAUUGUCUUCCUUUGGCCUACAGCCCUGACCAGCCCUUCAGGGUGGUGGCUCAGAGCACUGUCGAUAACUUCAUUCGUCUGGGAGUUGCUUUUCUAGAAGGUUGCCUCCAGCUAGACAAUGGACUUUUGCCUUCAAAGAUAGUCCCUGUUGUCCUCAAAGAAUCUACUCUCAGUGAGCUGGUGGAGAAACAAUGUCGACAGAAACCAAAGACUGUGACAUCUCAAUGGCUCUGUUGUACCCAGUCUAAAGAGGGUGUUGUUGAACCUUUACCCUGUAACCUAUUAGCUGACCACCGGCACACACAGAGCCAUAAAGGAAGCCUUCUCCUCACCCCACAGGCAAAGAGGAGGACUGAGGAACGAAGAGUGUCAGAGCCACUCCAUGGUACCCAGGAUAUAAGACUGGUUGGUGACUCUGAAGUUCAUUCCAUGGGGGAUAAUCAUCUUAUGGAGAGCCAUGGACACCACCUCCACCUGUCCAGCUGCCAUGAAUGUUUGCAGUUGGAAAACAGCACCAUCAUCUCUGUUAAAUAUGCAUCAGCGGAGAACAUUCCAGACCUUCCUGAUGAUAACUCGGUUGAGCUGGAUAGUGGAGCUAAGAGUUUGGAAGAACAUCACCAAGACACUGGAGACUUUUUUGGUCAAAGUGGGGGUUUUGACUGUAAUAACAAACCACCAAAUGUUCUGGUGUACACGGAUGGUUGCCAGGAGCGUUUUCAAACUGUUUGCCAAGUUUUAUCAGAAUGUAUAGACAUGGAAAACCAUGUAAUAUAUCAUCUCCAACCACAGCAGGCUCUGAGCCAUCCAUGGAUGGACAACACCAGGCUCCUGGUUGUGGCAGAAGAGGAAGCCCUGACCCCCCAACUUCAGACCCGCUUUCUCACCUACCUUAGCCAGGGUGGCAGGGUCUUGGGGCUUACAUCUACCCUGUGUCCUGCAGGCCUUUGUCUGAAAGUCAGGGAGAGGCAAAGAAUGGUCAACAGGCUGAACUUCAUUAAGAAAGACAGCACAGAGCUGGAACUGAGCGUGUUGGCGAGUGGGAACUUCUAUGUCAGGGAUACUCGGGGAGGAGGGGAAGUGGAGCUUUGGGGAGAGCUGAAAGGGGAGGUCGCUCAUCAGAGGGAUAUGGUAAUCGUCAGAAUUACCCAUGAACAAGAUGGUGGACAAGCUGUCCUUUGUCAGGUCCACCUGGAAAUUGCACCUGAGAAUUUGACGACUGAAUGUUUUGAUGAACUGAAGGUCAGCAAUGCACUGCGUUAUGAAGUCUUGACGGAAAUUCUCAUAUCUUUGGGACUCAGUUGUGAACUAAACCAUGAUCUGACUCCAACCCCUAUUCACCUGCUGGCCAUCUCUCUGGAGGCAAAGGCCUACUUCCUGAAGUGGCUGGAGACACAAGCAGAUCAAAAUGGCUUCCUCAAAUUGUCCAAGCACUCCUUGAGGAUGGUACCCUGUUCUGAGCUGCAAGAUGGUUCUUUUUUGCAUGAGGGUUCUAUGGACCUGGUCACCGACUCUUCUGAGUCUCAGAGCUGGUCGGAGUUCAGAAUGGAGACCUACUGGAAGAACCUACAGACCAGUCUGCUCGGACAUACCCUGUUUUACACUGAGAUGGCAUCGUCUACAAUGGACCUGUUAGAAGGGUUAAGUCUACAUUUACCAAAAGAUGUAGGUUUAAUAGCAGUUGCUGGUCGACAAAGCCAGGGAAGAGGUCGGGGCAAUAACACCUGGCUUAGCCCUCUAGGUUGUGCUAUGUUCACUCUAAAGAUCCAGGUUGAGCUAAGCUCUAGGCUCGGACAAAGGAUUCCCUUCCUCCAGCACCUAGCUGCUCUGGCAGUGGUGGAGGCUGUUCGCACACUGCCUGGAUACCAGGAAAUAGACCUGCGAGUGAAAUGGCCCAAUGACAUCUACUAUAGUAACCUGAUGAAGCUUGGGGGAGUACUGGUGACUUCCACUGUUAUAGGAUCGACUUUUCAUCUGCUCAUAGGCUGUGGGUUCAAUGUGACAAACAGCAAUCCAACUGUCUGCAUCAAUGACCUGAUCCAGCAAUAUAACACACAACAUAACUGCAGUCUGCAUCCGCUUAGCUGUGCCCAACUCAUUGCUCGCACUGUCAGCUGUCUGGAGGUCCUCAUCAGCAGCUUCCAACGUGGAGGCCCAGAGACCAUCCUGCCCACAUACUACAAGAGAUGGCUACACAGCGGGACCAAGGUGCAACUUUGGAGUGAGGAUGGAAUAGAAGCUGAUGUGUUCGGACUGGACCACAAUGGCUUCCUCCAAGUGCACAGUGAGGAGCAUGGCGUGAUCUCAGUGGAGCCUGAUGGAAACUCCUUUGACAUGCUGAAGAACCUGGUGGUUAUUAAGCAGCGCUAAGACCAAACGGAACCAGCUUAAGAAUCAUCUCUUUCUCCUAUCAGCUCUCAACAUAAUAUAAAUAUUUUGGGUUACUUUUGAAUCCUUAUGUUCACCUCACAUACAUUUAACUAAAAUGUGUUGGAGGUAGAGAUGUGCUAUGUCAAUACCGUUGUUUAAUAUCGCGACGGUGAUAUGACUUGCGAUAAUAAACAUAAACAGAUUAGCGGCUCUGUCAGUAAUUUCCUGUGUCAUUCGCGCUGUUUGCUGCGCCGAAUGCGUCAAACCAAACGGAAAGGGGAAAAGAGCGAGCAGCUGAUGAAUGCGCUGCUCUGAAGAAGAUUUAAGCAAUUAAUAAGAGAAUCGAUCAUUAUGUGAUGAUCAGAGUUGAUAUUGUGGCAACACACAAAUCAACUUUGAAUCUGAAGAGAGAGUGGGAGAGAGAAAGAGAAAUCUUUUAAUCUUGAUUUAUAAUUCUGCUUGUAUUAUUUUCUUGGUAUCUAUGUAUGGGAGUAUGGGAAAAUUAUUCAGACAGAUCUAAAUAGAAGAUCCCAGAUUUCAUUCCAUCACACAAUAAAUAAUUGGGUGUGAAUAAUAAUUUAAUUAUGAACUGUUGUUUGAACAUCGUUUUGCAUACCAUAACCAAUCCAGAAAGACAUUUUAUCAUUGACUGUGGUCCAAAUAAAGAUGAUCGAUCCUUUUUUAAUAAUAUUUUCUCUUCCCUCUCAACCAUUUCAAACUUAACUUUAUGUAAACCUAUCACCAGAUGGCGCUUCAACACAUCCAUCUUAAAAAAAUAAGUUUGACAGUCAGCGGACUUCCUUCCUAGAACUCAAUAAUUCCCCAAAGUCAUCACCAUAAUCAUUAAAUAUUUCUUUCUCCACUUACAAGAUCAAAAGAAAACUAAUUGAACUAGACUUGAAAGCAAGUAUGAGCGGGCCCUCGUCUGGCGACAGUGAUGUGGCCGCGCCAAGGUGGCCGUUUGCCUGCCAUCAGCCCCACUAAGAGGCACUCGCUUGGGAGUCAUUGGGAAGGAUGUUAGUGUGUCCCUGCAUCCAUUAAGUGGCUUGCUGAUCAUGUCUCAUGAUUUAGCUACAAGAUCUGGAGUCGUCUAGGAAUUUUUCAGUUAAAAACGUUUAAACCACAGGGAUUACUUCUUGGACACCAACAUGUAAAUAUGAAAUUUUCUAUUAUAGUCAGAGGGCGCUAUGACUACUAUCGUGUAUUCGCAUAUGUAUAUGUUCACGGACUUCUUUCGGACAUGUAAAGUUUGAGGCAGACUCGACAAUAUACAUGGAUCAUAUAAGAAUGUAAAGCAUGACAUUUCCUGUUGCAGCUAGGGGGCGCAACAACUUGUUGAAUAUCGUCAUAUGGACCUGGUCAGGGUGGGACUGUUGUCGGAUAUUUAUAGUGCUGUGAAAAAGUAUUUGCCCCCUUCCUGAUUUUUUUUUUUGCAUUUUUGUCACACCUAUGAUUCAGAUCAUCAUAAUAUUAGACAAAGAUAACCCUAGUUAAUACAAAAUGCAGUUUUUAAAUGAUGAUUUAAUUUAUUAAGGGUAAAAAAGCUACCCAAACCUACCCUAUGUGAAAAAGUAAUUACAUAACUGGUAAUGAGUCUUUCACAUCACUGUGGACGAAUUUUGGCCCACUCUUCUUUCCAGAUUGGAUGGUUUUCGAGCAUAAAACAGCUUGUUUGAAGUCAUGCCACAGCAUCUCAAUCGGAUUUAAGUCCGGACUUUGACUAGGCCACUCCAAAACCUUCAUUUUAUUUUUUUUGAGCCAUUCAGAGCAGUGUUAAUUUUGGCAGCUAUUUUUUAUUUAGUCUUAGUCUUUUGACGAUAAUGCAUUUUAGUUUUAGUCAUAUUUAGUCAUUUUUAUCCUUCUUAGUUUUAGUCUAGUUUUAGUCGACUAAAACAAAUUCCAUUUUAGUCUAGUUUUAGUCGACGAAAACAAAUUCCAUUUUAGUCACAUUUAGUCAUUUUUAUCCUUCUUAGUUUUAGUCUAGUUUUAGUCACAUUUAAUAGCCACAUUAAACUCCUUUUCUAUAAAAACAUAUAGCUGCAACCUAAUAGCUUAAAAAUAUAUAUUUAGUUUUAAAUGUGAAAACAAAAAGGGAGAGCAGGUCAGACUGGAGCCGGACACAGAAACUGAACAUCGGUACAAACCAACUGCAGCUUCUGCUUGAUCAAAAAGCUGCAGCGCUGAUCUCAGAUCAGCUGAGACCAGAGAAACUCUGUGAUUUCACUGUUUCCAUAGUUAAGAAGCAGUCAGUCACUGAGCGGCACGUGAACGCGCUCUGCUUUCACUGUGUCUCUCUGAGCGAGUGCGCGGGGCGGGGGGCGGAGCUACGGACCGGAGCGCUAUCUGGGGCGCACACACACACAUACACCGACACACACAGUCACUCGCCCGCUCCUGAUACUUCAUGACGGCCUGAUACGAUGAUGUUUUAAAAAUUAUUGUGACGUCUUCGUCUCGUCUUCGUCAUGGAAAAAAGGGUCGUUAACGAAUAUAUUUCGUCAUCGUCUUCGUAAACGAAAUUAACACUGAUUCAGAGGUGGACUUGCUGUUGUGUUACGGCUCAUUGUACUGCUGCAUAACCCAAGUGCGCUUGAGCUUGAGGUAACAAACUGAUGGCCGGACAUUGUCCUUCAGGAUUUUCUGGUAGAGAGCAGAAUUUAUGGUUCCAUCAAUUAUGGCAAGUCAUCCAGGUCCUGAAGCUGCAAAGCAGCACCAGACCAUCACACUACCACCACCAUGUUUGAUUGUUGGUAUUAUGUUGUUUUUAUGAAAUGCUGUGUUAGUUUUACGCAAGAUGAAACGUGCAGAACCCUUCCAAAAAGCUCAACUUUUUUUCAUCAGUCCACAGAAUAUCUGCCCAAAAGUCUUCGGGAUCAUCAAGAUGUUUUUUGGCAGAUGAGCCUUUGUGUUCUUUUUGGUCAACAGUGGCUUUCACCUUGGAACUCUCCCAUGGAUGCCAUUUUUUUUGCGCUCUUGGAGUAAUUUGGUAGGCCGCCUUCUCCUUGGAAGGUUCACCACUGUUCCAAGUCUUCUCCAUUUGUGGAUAAUGGCUCUCACCAUGGUUUGCUGAAGUCCCAAAGGAUUAGAAAUCGCUUUGUAACCCUUUCCAGACUGAUACAAGUCAAUUUCUGUUUCUCCUCGGUUUCUGAAUUUCUUUAGAUCCUGCAUGAUGCUUUUUGAAAUCUUUUAGCCUACUUCACUUUGUCAGACAGGUUAUAUUUAAGUGAUUUCUGGAUUCAACAGGUCUAGCAGUAUCCAGACCUGGAUGUGGCUAUUGAAAUUGAACUCAGCUUUCCAAAAAUGUGGUUAAUCACAAUUCAUUCAUGAUUUAUCAAGGCGGGCAAUUACUUUUUCACAUAGGGUGAGGUAGGUUUGGAUAGCUUUUUUCCCUUAAUAAAUUAAAUCAUCAUUUAAAAACAGAAUUUUGUAUUUACUCAGGUUAUCUUUGUCUUAUAUUAAAAUUUGUUUGAUGAUCUGAAACAUUUAAGUGUGACAAAUAUGCAAAAAAAUAAGAAACCCGGAAGGAGGCAAAUACUUUUUCACAGCACUGUACAUGGUUGUUAUAAGUAUUUCCUGUUUUCUGGAUCAUCAAGAUUCUUCAUCAUGACAGAAAACUUCUAAUCGAAAUGUCUAUUAAGACAAGGAGGAAAUCUGUAGGAGCAGGUUUUUGUAGCAAGUGUGAAACGCCCCAAAUCAUGCCAAAUUUGCACAUUCAUCCAAAAUAUGUCCUUUUCUCACUCAGACGGCGGCGCAGGUUCUGGUCCAGGCUCUGGUCACCUAACGCCUAGACUAUUGUAACUGCAUCCUGCCAGGUCUACCUCUUAGUGCCAUCCGACCUCUGCAGAUCAUCCAGAAUGCAGCCGCUCAACUCCUCUUUAAUCGACCUAACUUCACUCACACUACUCCGCUCCUCCGCUCCCUUCACUGGUUACCAGAGGCUGCCGGCAUCCGUUUCAAAACAUUAGUAUUGACGUAAUGUGCUGUGAAUGGAUCAGGUCCAGUCUACAUCCAGGACAUGGUCAAACCUUACACCCCAAUCCGUUCACUCCGCCCUGCAUCUGUACCUUCAUGGUUGAAUGCACUUAUUGUAAGUUGAUUUGCAUAAAAGCAUCAGCUAAAUAAAAUGUAAUGUAAUGAAAUGUUAUGGUGGGCCUCAUCACCAAUGAUGACGACUCAGUCUACAGAGAGGGAGUGAACCAACCCGUUGACUUGUGUUACAACACAAACCUGUCACUGAAUGUUAACAAGACAAAGGAGGAAGCACCCUGUUAAUACACUUCAAAUCUAUGGCUAACAACGCUGUGUAAUUACUGCGAAGACCAGAAAUCCCUCCAGAGAGUGGUGAAGACGGAACCAGUGGCGGCUCCUGCCAAAUUUCUCAGGGGGGCAAUUGUUACGAUGAUGACUUAGGUUACCUGUUUAAUGGGUAAAUAAACUCAUGUCAAGUCAGUUAAA